CAGGACGUAGAGGCGUGCGGGUGCCCGCUUGCGAGCGAUGUCUGACACGAGCCCGCAAGUGCGUCAUUGCGGCCGUGAGAAGCAGUGACGAGAAGAGACAGACACGGCCAUGGCGUACGCUUAUCUUUUUAAGUACAUUAUCAUCGGGGAUACAGGUGUUGGAAAAUCAUGCCUCCUAUUGCAGUUUACAGAUAAAAGGUUUCAACCUGUGCAUGACCUGACAAUUGGUGUAGAAUUUGGUGCAAGAAUGAUUACAAUCGAUGGUAAGCAGAUAAAACUUCAAAUAUGGGACACGGCUGGUCAAGAAUCCUUCCGAUCCAUCACAAGAUCAUACUACAGAGGUGCAGCAGGGGCUUUAUUAGUAUAUGACAUUACAAGAAGAGACACCUUCAAUCAUUUGACGACCUGGCUUGAAGAUGCCCGCCAACAUUCAAAUUCUAACAUGGUCAUCAUGCUUAUCGCAAACAAGAGUGAUUUAGAAUCUCGAAGGGAAGUAAAAAAAGAAGAAGGUGAAGCCUUCGCCAGGGAACAUGGACUUGUCUUCAUGGAGACGUCAGCAAAGACAGCUUCAAAUGUGGAGGAGGCUUUCAUCAACACAGCAAAAGAGAUUUAUGAAAAGAUUCAAGAAGGCGUGUUUGACAUCAACAAUGAGGCCAAUGGCAUUAAAAUCGGACCACAACAUUCUACACCUGGUGCACCCGGAUCACAUCUCGGAGGACAACAGGCUGGCGGCGGAUGUUGUUGAACCUCUGAAGAUCCAAGAUGGGCGAUUUUCUUGUUCAUAGGCUAUUUACUUGUUCUUUUACUGUCUCCUCCUCCCCUCCCCUUCCCUUCCCGCCCUUCCCUCCCCAAAAUUUCGAUGUUCACUUUAAAGACAGAUUUCGGAAAUUGUAUUCAUACGGUAUAAAUUUGCUUUUUGAUUUCUAGGUCUAUUGAUUGUGAUUUUGUUUAACUGUUGUAUUGUACCCUCGACUAAAACUGAAUUGUAUUAAACACUAAAAUGUA